AUGGCAGCUUCUUCUCAUUUCAACACAAAAUCCAAUUUCCAUGGCCGCCCAAUCAGCUUGCCAUCUAGACUACACCCCCUCACUCUUAAAUGCAAUCAACAUUUGGAAACCUUUCUAAGGUCUUCCAAUGAAACCUCCUCCCCAUCAUUACUUUUCCACAAGAUUGAUGGCUUGCGAGAUUUGAUCGAGUGUGUUGAAAAUUUGGUUCAGCUUCCACUAACAAAAGACGCACUUCUACAUGAUCAGCAUCAAGAAAAUUGUGUUAAUAUCCUCCUGGAUGGAUCCUUAAGGCUCUUAGACGUGUGUAGUAUAGCGAAAGAUGCUCUAAUUCAUACAAAAGAAUGCACAAGAGAACUUCUAUCCAAUUAUAAGAAGAAGAGGAGGCGGAACGGAUGUCAUUGCAGAGGCUAA